AGAAACUUGUUAAAGGAAAGAAAAAUGACCAACCAAAAUGUACUUGUUUCCGAUGUCAAAGGCGUGGCUAUGGCUGUCGCUGCCAUGAAGAACCAGUCUAUGUUCUCUUCAUCGGUGGCGAGUUCCAUGAUUGAAUCAGGAGGAGUUGCAGGGUGUAUUUUCACCAUUCCCAGGAGUAUUAAGCUCUUGAAGGUUGAGACUGCUGAAGUUGGUGGUGGAGCUGCCCGAGUCAAUGCUUGGGUGGACUCAUUGAGAGCUUCUUCUCCGCCGCGUGUUAAAUCCACCACCACUUCCCCCUCCACUCUUUCUCAAACUGGGGAUGAAGAAAACUCUUGGAAUCUUCGUCACCCAUCAGCUAUAAACAUGUUUGAGGAGAUUACAAAUGCUUCAAAGGGGAAGCAGAUUGUCAUGUUUCUUGAUUACGAUGGAACCCUUUCUCCAAUUGUUCAAGACCCUGACAGAGCCUUCAUGUCCAAUGAGAUGAGAAAAGCUGUGAGGGCAGUUGCUAGAUAUUUUCCAACAGCCAUAGUUAGUGGGAGGUGCCGCGACAAGGUUUAUAGCUUUGUCAAACUAGCAGAGCUUUACUAUGCAGGAAGCCAUGGGAUGGACAUCAAAGGACCAUCCAAAAGUAACAAGUACAAGAAUGCUAAUCAACAAGCAGUUCUGUGCCAACCAGCUAGUGAAUUUGUACCCAUGAUUGAUGAGGUCUUCAAAAUUUUAGUGGAGAAAACCAAAUCCAUCUCAGGAGCUAGGGUGGAAAAUAAUAAGUUCUGUUUAUCUGUACACUUUCGUUGUGUUGAGGAGAAGAGUUGGGCUGCUCUGGCAGAGCAAGUAAGCUUAGUGCUCAAUGAGUACCCAAAGCUGAAGUUGACUCAAGGGAGAAAGGUCUUGGAGAUUAGGCCAACCAUCAAAUGGGACAAGGGCAAAGCACUUGAAUUCUUGCUAGAGUCAUUAGGAUACGCCAACUCAAAUGAAGUAUUACCGGUCUAUAUUGGAGAUGAUAGAACAGAUGAGGAUGCUUUCAAGCUUUUACGUGAUAGAGGACAAGGAUUUGGAAUUCUUGUUUCUAAAGUUCCAAAAGAAACAAAUGCUUCUUAUUCCUUGCAAGAACCAGCAGAGGUCAAGGACUUUUUGCGACGUCUAGUGAAGUGGAAAAGAUUGACGCUGCAGUAACUAAAAGACGACUCGCAGAGAAUGGAAGCAUAUUUAGAAGAAAUUAAUCGAUUCCACCCUAAGAAUUUAGUCAAAGGAUGGCCGGCUUCAUGUUUAUGUAAUUUUCUUGUUAAGUUAGUUAUUAAUUAUCGAACUACUGAAUCCCUAAUCAAUUAAUUAAUUUUGGAAAUUGUAAAUAAAUUGCG